CCCAUUUUCCCGAUAUCCCCCAAAAGAACAUUUUCUCAGCCUCAGAGUCCAGCGGAAACUUUGGGCUGGGUGGAUUCUUUGCCAAAGCUUCCUGUUGGUAAACGAUAGUCUUCUUACUGUAGUAGAAACUGGCCCGAGAGAUCAUCUGCGGCGAAAGCUCUGGGGACUCCGGCUUCUCUCUGUCGUCCAGCAGCCCCGCCCAAUGACGCUGAUGUAGAAAGUUGAAGUCAGAGUACGGCACCUUGGCCACCCAGCAAGAAAGGAACUAAACCAAGAACUGGAAAAUAGUGGUCAACAGAAAUGAUGGGUCUCUGUUAGACUUGAUUUUCAGAGAGGAAGAAAAGAGAGAGAGAGAGAGAGAGAGAGAGAGAGAGAGAGAGAUGAGCAUCUCUUUGACAGUGAUGACAUUUAAUCUUUUGGAAGAUCAGCAGGCUGACAGUCCAAAUGCAUGGGAGAAGAGGAGAGAUCUCUGUAUUAGUGUCGUGACAAGCUAUUCGCCAACAAUCAUCUGCACCCAACAAGGACUCAAAUCGCAGUUGGACUAUCUGCAGCAAGGUUUGCCAGGAUAUGAACAAUUUGGGAUCUCAAGGAAAGGAUCACAGGACAUCACAGAUCAGUAUUGCACUAUCUUUUAUGAUAAAGAGAAGGUGGAGCUCUUAGAUGGUGGAACAUUUUGGUUGUCCGAGUCACCCUCAGUUCCUGGAAGUAUGUCAUGGGGAUCUGAAGUCCCAUGCAUUGCAACAUGGGCGACAUUUCAACUCAAAAGAGUUGAGCCUCCUGGGUUCAGCUUCCAGAUUGUGAACACAAAUAUGGAUGAAUUCAGUCCUCGAGCUCGUAGGCGAAGUGCUCUGCUUACAUGGCAACACCUUGCUUCUCUCCCUCCUAACUUGCCUGUCAUAUACUGUGGUGGAUUUAACUCACAAAAAGAAUCAACAACUGGUCGAUUUCUGCUGGGAAGAUCAAGGGAGCAUGGAGUUAUAGGUGACAUGAGGGAUGCAUGGCAUGAUGCUCGAGUAAGAAAGAACGUCUCGCUCAUAAGGACUUAUCAUGGAUUCAAAGGGGAUAAGCAAGGAGCAGUAGAAUUCUUGAAAUUGAUAUUUAGAGCUCUCUGCCUGUGCUGGGAUCGGCAAACUCAAGACCUUCAUGUGGAUUGGAUUCUUUAUCGAGGCCGGUCCUUGGUUCCAAUUUGCUGUGAAGUGGUUAAUGACAACAUAGAUGGGUGCUACCCGUCAUCUCAUUAUCCGUUGUUUGUGGAAUUUAUGCUUCCUCGAACUGUAAGAAUGGUUGGAGAAUCGACUUAAAACAGCUUUUAAAAGGAAGAGUUCAGCUUCACCUACCACACACCCUCCCCCUUCUCUUCGGAGCUGCUUAAUAAUGAUUUUUGUAUCCCAGUUUUACUUGGUUUCUCGACGUGUGAUCUCAGGAUGUUGGCAUGAUGAUGUCAUUUUUUUCGCACAUGAUUGUUAUGUGCCGUUGGAUCUCACAGGGCUCAGGAAUGCAAAUGCAUGACCUUUCAUGA